UCACUGAAGACGGUCGAAACGAGUCCGCCCCGUUCGGGUCGUCGUUUAAAUACCAUUUUCUUCUUCUUCUUCUUCUUCCAUCUUAGAAAGCAUCAGAAAUAAUUACCAAAAAAACCCAGAAAAUCACAAAUAUAGAAUCCGAUGGGAAACGGUGAUAAAGGUCGACCCAGCAAAAAAAGCAAGUUCCCCAACAAGGAAGAGCAUAGGAAUACAGUUAUUGAAGAUGACUAUUCAUAUUAUCCCGAAGAUAAUGAUGAUGAUUAUCGAGAUGGUGAAGGGAAAAAAAGGGAUUUUACUAAAUUGGAACUCAAGCCCGAUCACGAAAAUCGGCCAUUGUGGGCUUGUGCUGAUGGUCGGAUUUUCCUGGAAACUUUCUCCCCACUAUACAAACAAGCAUAUGACUUUCUCAUUGCCAUUGCAGAACCCGUUUGCAGGCCAGAGUCAAUGCACGAGUACAAUUUGACUCCACACUCAUUGUACGCGGCAGUUUCAGUUGGGCUUGAGACGGAAACUAUCAUAUCAGUUUUAAGUAAAUUGUCAAAAACCAAGCUGCCAAAAGAGAUGAUAGACUUUAUUCAUGAUUCAACUGCAAAUUAUGGCAAAGUCAAGCUUGUUCUGAAGAAAAAUCGGUAUUUGGUUGAGUCCCCUUUUCCAGAGGUGUUGCAAAAAUUGCUCACGGAUGAAACUAUUCGUCGAGCUAGAAUCUCACCCGAGGGAACAAACGGAGGUGAUGGCUUUACAGUGAGUAGAUCCUUGGGCGAGAUAGAAGGAAGACAUGACGAGUUGCUAAAUGAAGCAGAGUUAGCUGCUGUAGCUGAGGAAAAGGAGACUCAUGCAUUUGAAAUUGAUCCUUCCCAGGUUGAAAAUGUCAAGCAGGCUUGUUUGCCAAAUGCUUUAAAUUAUCCGAUGUUGGAGGAAUAUGAUUUCAGGAAUGACACGAUAAACCCUGAUCUUGACAUGGAGCUGAAGCCUCAAGCUCAGCCACGACCAUACCAAGAAAAGAGUCUUAGCAAAAUGUUUGGUAACGGUAGGGCAAGGUCGGGUAUAAUUGUGCUACCUUGUGGUGCUGGGAAGUCCUUGGUGGGUGUUUCGGCCGCUAGUAGAAUUAAGAAAAGCUGCCUUUGCUUGGCGACCAAUGCUGUCUCCGUCGAUCAGUGGGCAUUUCAAUUCAAGUUGUGGUCUACAAUUCGAGAAGAUCAUAUUUGUCGUUUCACAUCUGAAAGCAAAGAAAAAUUUCGUGGUAAUGCUGGGGUGGUUGUAACCACAUACAACAUGGUUGCUUUUAGUGGAAAACGUUCUGAAGAAUCUGAAAAGAUUAUUGAAGAAAUACGAAAUCGAGAAUGGGGAUUGCUUCUAAUGGACGAGGUCCAUGUGGUCCCUGCUCAAAUGUUUCGGAAAGUCAUAAGCAUUACCAAAUCUCAUUGUAAACUUGGUCUAACAGCUACACUUGUUAGAGAGGAUGAGAGGAUUACUGAUUUGAACUUCCUCAUUGGCCCCAAGUUGUAUGAGGCAAAUUGGCUGGACUUAGUGAAAGGUGGAUUCAUAGCAAAUGUUCAGUGUGCUGAGGUGUGGUGUCCAAUGACAAAAGAGUUUUUUGCUGAAUAUUUAAAGAAAGAGAAUUCCAAGAAGAAGCAGGCACUUUAUGUAAUGAAUCCUAAUAAGUUCAGGGCUUGCGAGUUUCUGAUUCGGUUUCAUGAAGAGCAGCGUGGUGAUAAAAUAAUUGUAUUUGCUGACAAUCUUUUUGCUCUCACGGAGUAUGCAUGGAAGCUUAAAAAACCUAUGAUAUAUGGUGCUACCAGUCAUGCUGAAAGGACCAAAAUUCUCGAGGCAUUCAAAACUAGCAAGGAUGUGAACACCAUUUUCCUUUCAAAGGUUGGUGAUAACUCCAUCGAUAUACCGGAGGCCAAUGUGAUUAUUCAGAUCUCAUCACAUGCUGGUUCACGGCGUCAAGAAGCUCAGCGUCUUGGGCGUAUUCUCAGGGCUAAAGUUCGUUUUUUGCACUCUAUUUUAUGGGUUCUGUUCAGUUCUGUUGUGCUUUUGUCUUCAAUUAAUAUGAUUAACAAUUGUGUACCUUUACAGGGGAAGCUCCAAGACAGAAUGGCUGGGGGUAAAGAAGAGUAUAAUGCAUUUUUCUAUUCCCUUGUUUCUACAGAUACUCAGGUGACUUGAAUUUGGGAGUCAAUUAAUGCUUUUAAACACUAUUAUUCUUCGAUUAUCUACUUAAUAUGUUGAAUAAUAUACAAUAUGUGCCAACAUUCGGUUUUUUUUUUUUUGGCUUCAUUUUUUGGAAUUCAAUAUUAUUUAGUUCCUACUUGCUCGAUCAUCCGGUAGAAUCUGUUUUUAUAUUUAGUUGACCAUUUUCUGCAGGAAAUGUUUUACUCAACCAAAAGGCAACAGUUCUUGAUUGACCAAGGUUAUAGCUUCAAGGUACAGUUUCUCUGUCUUACAAAGGCG